AUGGUAAUUCAAUGCAAAUACAAAUCUAGAAGAUAAAUAUUUGUUAAAAAAAAUACUAAAAAAACCUACCGUGAUGACGAAAUUAACGGAAAUUGUAUUGGAUUCCGUGGAGCCUACAUCUAAUUUAUCUUUAAUAUUGGCCACACUCUGGAUAAUUAAUAAUGAUUUUGCCAAAUACACAAUAUCAGCAGUGACCAUUGGACAAUAUGCCAUUAAUCAAAGGAAUAGAUUAUAUCACAAUGAUUUAAUUAAUGACAUAAUAAAACGAGCCAUGGUAUCGCCAGGUAUUAAGCUUUACACGGAAGGAGAAUUGCAGGAAAAGGCCAAGGAGGACAAUGUAAAUGACCAUGUCUUCAAAAAACCAUUUCCGAAAGCCAAUGUACAUCGUGAAAAAAGUAUUUGGUUUUUGGACAGUUUCACUUCUUACAUAAACUUUGAACGCGUUCUAGUGGAUCCUAUGGGUCAAUAUCAUCGUAAUGGCUUUUUCCUAUUAAUCUAUACCGGUACCGAACACGAACGUUUGAGUCAUGUCAAGGAAAUAUUUCGUCGUCUUUUUAACUUGUAUUGCACCAAUGUGAAUAUUUUGAUGGUGGUGGGAAAGUAUCCUUAUCUUUAUACGUAUUUUCCUUUUGCAAAAAAUAAAUGUCAUUCAUCAAUGCCUGAAUUUUAUAUAUCAUUUCGUGAUAUAGAAAAGAAUUUCUCUGGUUUUGAGGUUAAGAAGGCAAUUUUCCCCAGCAAGGUGGAUAAUAUGUUUGGUUGUGAAUUAUCGGUGGCUACCUGGCAAUAUCCGCCAUAUAUUUAUGUGGAUAGAGAUCCAAUAAGUGGUGAAUUCUUACGAUUACAUGGUAUAGAGGGUUCGCUACUUAGCUUAUUGGGUGAAUUGAUGAAUUUUAAAAUACAUCUUAAUGUUCCAGACCCACCGGAUAGAGGUGAUGUUUAUGCGAAUGGUACUGCGACGGGUGCUACGAAAAUGAUAAUUGAGGCCCAAGCAAAUAUUACAAUAAUAUCUCUGAUGUACAACAAGAUUCGUUCCGAUGCAAUGCAAGCUAGCAAAAGUUAUUUAUUUGUACCUUAUGUCUUGGCCAUUCCCCAGGGCCGGAAAAUGACGUCCUUCGAACGCCUCAUGAAACCAUUUCGUUAUAUUAUUUGGUCUUGUUUUAGUUCUAGUAUAAUGUUUGGUAUUUUAUUCAUAUACUUCAUACGUUAUUUGGGUCGAUCGAAAUUAAUGGAUUUCAUAUAUGGCAAAGGAAAUCGUAUACCAUUUACAAAUUUACUCGCCGUAUUAUUUGGAAUUUCUAUACAUGGUGCUCUGCCGCAUAAAAAUUUUGCCCGUUAUAUACUAAUGGUCUUUUUAUUGUAUACAUUUGUACUAAGAUCAGCCUAUUCGGGAGCAUUAUAUAUACUUUUGCAAGAUGGCCGAGCUCGAAACACAUUUAAGAGCAUUCAUGAAAUUGUCGACAAUAAUUUUACCAUAUAUGCCUUUCCAGCUGUGGAAAAGGUCCUGAGAGCGUCUAUACCCGAUGCAAAUACCGCUAUAGUUGAUGCAAAUAAUCCUACAAGUAAAUUGUAUAAACGCAUUUCCUCUUCGAGUAGUGAGAGGUUAGCUUUAUGUUUACUGGAUUAUUCGAUCAGAUCAUACAAUCAAAUGAAUCCAAAUGAAAGAGUGGAAAUUUUGGAACAAUCCGUACUAACGACACCUAUAGUCUUUUAUAUGCCACGUCAUACCUAUAUAAGAUUUCGCACAGAUGAAUUAAUUUUACGUAUAUUAUCAGCUGGUAUAAUGGGUCGCUUUGAAUCCUAUUAUUUAUUUUAUUCGCGACAACCGCAACCCAAGGUACCUAUGAAAUCGGUUGGAAAACAUAAAAAUGGUUCGCUUUUAAAAAUUUUACAUGCUGCUGCUAGUUAA